GUCAGAAGGUGGUUGGUUCGACGCGCUCCAACUCGCGAGAGAAUACCACCGUGUCGCUACCAUCAGCGCUGAUGCUCACACCUGGGCACCAACCAUUAUCUGCAAAGGGCAACGACUUCAGGCCGAUUGGUUUGUAGGGCGAAACGGCCCGGAGGGUGCGAGGUACACCUGUACGGAUUCUCCGUUCAUGCAGGGAGACGUAUUCAUCGCCUACUUGAAGGAUUUCCACAAGCAGCUCGGCGACCGAGGGUUGCUCGACGGAAACCCCACAUACUCUUGCUCGAUGGAUAUGCAUCACACGUGAGCGUGGAGGUAAUCAGGCUGGCCAUGAAUCUCAAAAUCAUCUUGUUCCAGCUACCCUCCCACACGUCGCACAUCACCCAGCCCUUGGAUGUCGUCGCCUUCGGACGCUUGAAGAAAUCGGUGACCAGAGUUUUGGCGUCCUUCUACCCCAACUCCGGCGGGCUGGCCAUGAAUCUCAAAAUCAUCUUGUUCCAGCUACCCUCCCACACGUCGCACAUCACCCAGCCCUUGGAUGUCGUCGCCUUCGGACGCUUGAAGAAAUCGGUGACCAGAGUUUUGGCGUCCUUCUACCCCAACUCCGGCGGGUUGUUGCCGCUGAAACGCGACAUGCCCGGCGUGAUCGCGGAUGCUUGGAAAUUGAGCUUCACACCGGAGGUAAAUAAAUGAUCAUUCGCUGGGGCGGGCUUGUGGCCUGUGAACAAGGAGCGGGCGCUGGGCCGGCUGAAGGGCACAGCGAAGAAGAAAGAGCGGCGAGACGAGCGCCCACCCCUACAGGAUGUCCCCAUCGCCGCCCUCAACGAGCAGCUGGAAAAAGACAUCGGAGAAAGGGCCCUCAGGGUGCUGAGGGGGCAAGGGCACACCGUCACGGGAAUCCGAGUAGGCACGGUAUUACUCGGUAGCCUCUUGACUCAAGGAAGCGCGCGAAGAAGAUGGCGACCUCGCGGGGCUCGCUUGGCCUUCCCGACGGAGGCAACAUUACCGCGCCUGAGUUCCUGGAUGCUGUUGCCGAAAAAGAACGCGCAGACAAGGCGGAGAUCGACGCGAAGGCUUCGAGGGCGAAAGUCCGCGAAGCGAAGAGGGCAGAAAAAGCGGUCGCGGAGCUAUUGCGGCAGGCGCGCAUGG